AUGUCCGACCCCAAGCUUAUCGUCGUUACCGGUGCCACUGGCCAGCAAGGCAGCUCAGUUGUUGACUGGUUGUUACGGGAACCAGCUGGAAGGUUCACUAUCCGAGGCGUCACAAGGAAUACCUCGUCUGAAGCCGCCCAACAGCUCGCAGCCAAGGGCGUCGAGGUGGUCAAGGCCGAUCUCAGCUCCCUUGAAGAGACCACUGCUGCAUUCAAGGGCGCUUGGGGCGUCUUUGGUUUGACCCAGUUCUACGAACAUGGGUACGAGGCAGAACAGCUCCACGGAAAGAAUAUUGUCGAAGCAGCCAAGGCAAACAACGUCAAGCACAUCGUCUGGUCCACAGUGGAGGGUCGUGAAGGGGAAUGCAAGGCUAUCAGCUGGACUUCCAAGGCCCUCAUCGAAGACAGGGUCAUCGAGUCUGGUAUCCCAUACACGUUCGUGUACAUUCCAAUGUACUAUGAGAACUUUUGGACUAGCUUCUUUGCCCCUGCUUACGACGAGGAGAAGGGGUUCAACUGGACUGUCGGCUUCCUCCCCGACGUCCCCAUCUUUGCAUUUUCGGUGGCCGACUUGGGCGGGUGGGUUGUUCCUGCAUUCAGAGAGCCAGAGGCCUAUGCAGGCAAAAAGAUUAAGAUUGUCGUCGAAUUCCUGACACUCAGAGAUCUCGCGACUCAGUUCGCCGAAGUCCACGGGGAGAAGGCUGGCCUCGCUCUAGAACUGACCAAGGAGGCAUUUGAGGCCUCUCGUUACGCAGAUCACCCUGCUGCCGAGCUCAUGUAUCUGUCGUGGGAGUUCGUCCUCCGCGCCGGCCCCGAUAGCGGUUACAGAGACAAGAACCAGUCUUUGUCAAUCAACCCCACCGCGAAGACUUACCGAGAGUGGCUCAAGGACAGCCCAUUGGUGUUGAACUUGGUCUCCAAGCUGAAGGCGGAUUAUGCAGCGAAGAAGGCGGCUAGUUCAUAAUCGUUCUGUCUGUCGUACUUAGAAUAACUUGUAUAGUGUAAA